AGCUUAGGACACUAGCUUGUGUUUAGCCAGUAACUCUUUGAUCACGGACUUGAACUACAUCGUGUCGAAAAGAAAAAGCAAACAUGAAAGGCAUCGUAAUCGUACUUGCAAUUUGUCUCGUCGCCGUCUUGGGUGAGCUCACAGACGAACAAAAGGUAAAAUUGAGAGAGCAUAAAGAAGCCUGUAUCACUGAAUCUGGCGUUGAUCCAACCGUGGUCGAAAAUGCGAAAAAAGGGGAAAUACCGGAAAACGAUGAAAAGCUUGCCUGCUUCAGUACCUGUUUGUUAAAGAAAGCGGGAAUUAUGAACGAUGCCGGAGAUAUUGACUGGGAGGUAGCUCGUAGUAAAUUGCCAGCAGAAGUAACGGAAGAACAAGCUGAGGAAAUACAUAACGCAUGCAAAGACAUCACUGGAACUGGUUGCGAAAAGGGACACAAUGUGCUUAAAUGUUUUAUCGAAAAGAAACGAUUCUAUCUUUUGCAUUAGCGAAUAAGACCAAACAUGACAAUAAAACCUAAUUGGAUCUAUUAGUCAGAUCUGUCGUCUACGUUUAGAUGACAUUAAAAUAUUACCUUGCACAUUCAUGUAAAUGAUAAUGUAGAGUCGUAUUGAUGAAAAAAUAAAUAUACGUAUCGUUUCAGCAUAAAA